AACAACAGAACGUAGCAUGUGAUAGACGGGAGUUCAAAUUUUCAGGGGACUUUCCAAGACUAGAAUAGCAUAGAGCAACUAUUUAAAGAGCAUUGCAACUUGCAAGGGAAUUCAUUCUUGAAUAGAGAUUGAAUCGAAUAUAGCAGAUGCACGAGGGACUAAUUAAACAAAUAUCUACAAUGAACCAACAUAAAACGAUCUUGAUCUUCAUCUCUUUGCUGGUAAUGAAGACAGCUUCACAGUUUUGUCAAGAGAGUGAUAAGGCGCCCUCUUGUGAAAAUCUUGCAAGAUGUACUUGCGACUCCCCGGUUUGCAUUAACAAAGAGCCCCCUUGUCCUGGCCAGAACAAUGUUACUAUUAUUGAACCAAGGUUUGGAGAAAUACCACCAUAUGCUUUUGAAAACUAUGGACCUCUCGUUAACUUAGAGAUUGCUGGAGGCAUAGUGAAUACUGUGAGUUCUAAAGCAUUUCGGGGGCUGAGCAAUCUAAGAGAAUUGAGUUUGCGAGAUAAUUUCAUUCUCUAUAUAAACAACCAAACACUCAAAGGUCUAAACUCGUUGAGAAGUCUCGAUCUUUCUGACAAUCAAAUUGAUGAUUUAGAAGAAAGAACAUUCAGUGACAACAAGAUGCUCAGGACACUAAAUCUGGAUAGAAAUACACUGAAUGCUCUCCAGAGGAACACGUUUGCAGGUUGCCAUCGACUUCAGUCUCUCCGCUUAACCAGCAACGGCAUCAGUUCUAUUGAAACUGGAGCGUUCAGUGACCUUGGAAAUCUGCAGGAACUAUAUCUGGGAGAUAACUACCUUGCUAUCAUUGGUGCCAAUAUAUUUACUGGACUUGCAUCACUCCAAUUUUUGAAUCUAAAUGGUAACUUUAUUCAGGUAUUCAGUCAAGGAUCGCUGGAACCUUUGAAAAUGCUUCACACCAUUGAUGUAUCUCAGAACAAAUUACCUUUUAUCGGGAAGGCUUUUGGGUCUUUGAGGAAUCUCAGAUCUUUCUUUCUGAAUGAAAACUCAAUUGAGAAGGUUGAUGAUGGAACAUUUACAAAUCUUACAUAUCUAGAAACAAUAGAGCUAUCAAAAAAUAGACUGGUCUCCUGGUCAUUUCUGGACUUCCCUACUCCAUCAAAACUUAAGGUACUACGUCUAUCGUACAAUAAAAUUUCUGAUGUUCUAUACCCUACCAGUUCACCCGAACCUCAGUUUCCAAAGCUUCAAUACUUGGAUUUCUCCGGAAAUUUACUUCAAACAUUUCCAGCAUUCUUCUUAAAAGAUGCUCCAUUACUUGGUCAACCUGAUGUUGCAAAUAACAGCAUUUCUUCUAAACUUGACCUCAGAGAAAAUCUCCUGGCAUGCGACUGUGAUUACAAUAUUCUGAACGACUCCCUAGAACAACUGGAAAUAACUUGUGUUCAAAAUGCAUCAAUACAGUGUGGCAAUGGAUCCGUUGCUGAACUGAUGCCAUCAAGUUCAGAUGCCAAUGAUGGUGUCUACUGCCAGAUUUCUGGUAGUCCGCUCCCAGAGGUCAUUUGGAAGAAUCCAAAUGGCCAAAUAGUGACUGGCUACUACAACGUCUCUGGAAAAGUCACAUGGCUUCCUUCAGACAUCACGGAUGUAGGUGACUAUAUGUGCAUGAUAUACGAGGAAGAUGAAGAAAAAGCGGGAAGACAAGAAAUAGACCCAAAUUCUUCACCUGCUAAAUUAAUACCCGCAUUAAUGGAAAUCAUGAUUAUCAUUUCAACAAUGUUCAUAGUGAAAUAGAAUUAAUUAACGUACAAUACAACUUUAAAGACAGUGGCAAGAUUUAAACGUUGUUGGAAAUUAUUGUUUUUUGAGUUUGGGGAGUGCUUUAGAACAAUUCCAACCAUCAGUAGUAAAUCUAAAUAUUUUCCUAGCCAGAGUCCUAUUUGUUGUACGUCCCUCUAUAUUUGUGUGCUUGUCUGCGAACAGCCUACAGACCACAGUUUUUAUCUAAAACUCGUCAAACUUAGUCACAACGAUCCAUGAUCAAAGAUCCAGAGGUGAUUAAAUUUUGAAGGGUCAGGGUCAAAACGUAGUCACAAUCGACGAAAAACUAAUUUUUAUAUAUAAUCAGCCUACAGCCAACAGUCUUUAUCAGAAACUCGUCAAACUUGGUUACAAUGAUUCAUGACGAAAAACAUGGACGUGUUUAAUGUUUGAAGGGUUAGGGUCAAUUGUCAAAGUCAUAAUCGACAAAAAAACUAAUUUACUUAUAUAUAAUAACCUGGAAGUUUUCAUCAGAAACUUGUCAAACUCAGCCACAAUAUCCCAUGACCAAAGAUCUGGAAGUAACUAAACUUUGAAGGGUCUGGAUCAAAGGUCAAAGACACAAUGAACGGAAAACUACUUCUUUAACUGUCUGCCAUAUGGACGUGUGUUUGUGAGCUUACAACAAUAAACAAAUAUUAACUAGCAUUAAUUUUACAGCGAUACAGUUCGGUAUAAAGUUUUAGUUUUAUAAAGGAGACUUCAAGAUGUGGGCAGAGGUAUGCACUUUGAAGUGAAAUCUAUAGCUUGUAAUGGUAUUAGCAGUGCCAAUCAAUACGUUUUAAUCAAAUUUAAUCAAUAAUUUAUAUUUUUGCUCAGUGUAAUGUAAAAUGUUGUAUACAGAAAAUUAAGAGGAAGUAUAAUUAUGAAGCGUAGACAUUUUUUAAAACUGUUUAUUCAAUGUAUAGUAGAAAGUAACAUAUCAAUUUAAUUAUUCAAUUUUAAACUUUCCAUGUUUCAUUUUUUUGCUUUUCUAGUGAAUUUUUGUUUUUUAUUUAGUGCAAUUCCGUCAUAAUGCUAAGACUUUUAUUAAUUUUGAAUAAAGAGUUGAAACAAAAUGAAUAACAAUAUUUGAAUAAAGAAUAAUGCUAACAUUUGAGGACAAUGGAUGUCUGAAAUAAAUUUUGAAUCAAAUUGAAUUUGAGAGAACAUUUUACCUUAUGAUAGAAUUUUAAGAGGGGGACAUUUUAAGGGGACAUUUUAAAAGGGACACUUUAAAAAAGAACAAAACAAUUCUAAAAUACUAUAAAUACGGUACCAACGAUGGCGCAAUAUCAUAUUUAUGUUUUAAAAAAUUCAAGUUGUAGGUGCCGCUGUUUUGUGCAACUACUAAAUAUGAAUUUUAUAUUAUUAUUAUUAUAGUGACAAUGUACUGUGGGCACAAAUGUACAAAAAUUGUAAAACUUGCUCCAAUUCUUUCCUACUGUUUCCAUGGAGGUUGCUGUUUCCUUUGUAUUGUAAAUGUUAUAAUGGCUUCUUUUAGUCGUAUUUUGCUAGCUACUUUGCAAAGAAAAAAUUAAACAUUUUUGACAUCUGUCACCUGAAAA